GUCGUACUAGUGGGCGAACUUUAGAAAAGGCCGAAAAAUAGGAAAAAUUAAAUAAAAGUAAAACCCAGCCCAACUGCUGAGCUCAGACGAGAUUUGAUUGAAACGUGGGAAAUCGGAGGAGAAAGAUGAUCGUGUGCGUCGCCGUCGUGGGCCACCAGAACAAUCCGCUAUACAUAGAGAGCUUCACGGAAGCUGAAGAUGCGCUUAAGCUCCACCACAUCGUCCAUUGCUCCCUCGAUGUCAUCGAUGAGCGAGUGAACAAUCCGAGAAGCAAGUCAGAAACAAGACUGAAGGAGGCUUUUCUUGGUCUGCUUUACCCACCACUCAACUACAAAGUUUAUGGUUACUUGACUAAUACAAAAGUGAAGUUCAUCAUGGUCACUACUGAUUUGGAUGUCCGAGACACCCAUGUCACAAGUUUCUUCAGGAAGUUCCACGCCGCAUACGUGGAUGCCGUCUCAAACCCUUUCCAUGUUCCUGGCAAAAAGAUCACUUCCCCAUCCUUCUCCAACAUUGUUACCUCUUACUCUUUCAACUGACCCCCCCUCCCUCUUUUAUCUUUAUUGUUUCGCUCUUCAAAUUUGUUUUUAAUCUUUUCUAUAUCUGUGAUGAGAGCUUUCUAUUUA